AUAUUUUGUUUGUUCCUCUGGAUUUGAGUUAAAUCCUUUGUGUUGAGGGCAAAUUCUAUUUUUAGUUCUGGUGGCUUUUCCCUGAAGAUUUGUGGAAAUUCAUCUCUUCCCUUGAUUUUUUUUUCUCUCACUUUUAGGGCUCAUAUCUUUAGUUCCCUACUUUUUAGUCUGUGGUGGCUUUCCUUUCUGUUUAAUUCUUUCUUUGUUCUUCAUGUUUUCUAUGGGACUUUCAGUUUGAAUUCUUCUGGAUUCUAUUUGGUUCUCACUUACUGCUUUGCAGUUCAUGUUCUGGAUGUUAGAGUAGCUUUCGUAACACGUUUUAAUUAAAGCUGGCAAGUUUGUUUUGCUUUGUGUUAUCGAUUCUUCAAGUUUUUUAGCUUGAUUUCUUGCUUUGGAAGGAUUGAAUGGAAAAUGAAUUUAGAAGGAAGCUCUACUCUAUUUUCUUUUUCAUUGUUAGUUCUCUCACUUGUCUUUUCCAUAGAACAUCAUCGUAUCUAAUCUUUUUAGAUCCUUCUGUUUGCCUCUUGCAAUUCAGCUGUUCUUUCUCUCCCUUGCUGGUUAAAAAAUUGUUAGAGGCCAACAAUGCCGUGUUUGUCGCCUGAACUUUUCAGUUCAGAACUCUCAUCUUAACCAAUGAUUUAUACACUACACGUUCUAUUUUACAGUGUUCUCUCGGGAUGUUUGUUCUUUUGUAUGCUUAUCCUCAAAAUCUCAUGCUUCUUUUUGACGUGUCCAUUUCUUUCAUAACUUCGAAUCAUUGGGAAAGUAUUUUUUCACCUGAGAGAGUUUCUCUGUUUAAUUUAUGAACAUCUUGUUUGAAAAUCAGUAGUUUUUGUCAAUAGUCGUUAGAAAUUUCAGGGGAGUGCAAUUGAAUUAUAGAUUUGGAGCGUUCUAAAGUCUUUGAAUUAUCUUUCCCUUUUUUUUUUUUGGGAUGAGGCAUCGUUUGUUCAUCAGUUGUCAAAACAUCUAUAAGAAUUUUUUGUUUCUCUUGCCAUCUUCAUAAAAUGCACCUUUGUGCGGUUAGUUUUAUUUUCUGCUUCAUGGUUUCUUACUAGGUUAUGCUUGACUUUCAUUUGCAGGAUGAGUGUACCAUCCAAGUUCUGUUCUGAGAGGGAUAUCCAGCAGUAAGGUCAACGGAUAUGGGAGCCUCGAGUUCUAAAGUAGAGGAAGAUAAGGCCCUUCGACUAUGUCGUGAAAGGAAGAAGUUUGUUAAGCAGGCCCUUCAUGGAAGAUGCUCACUAGCAACAGCCCAUGCUGAAUACAUUCAGUCAUUGAGAUGUACAGGGACUGCUCUCAAGAUAUUUGUACAACCUGAAGGUCCAAUAGAAUCACCCUUAUACACUUCCAAUAUUGCAACUCCUGAGCCCCUUGCCUUUACUGAAAAAUCGUCUCAAUUUUCAUUUUCUCCAUCCUUCUCACAACAUGUGGAUACUGCUGGUAAUCUUUCUCCAUCACCUUCUCCUCCUACUUCAAGUCGGUUUCAGGCAAAUCAUAUGCAAUUCAGGGGUACUUUUGCUCACAAGGUUGAAGAAAAAUUGCCCUCACCUGUUAUUGGAACUAUAACCUCAUCAGACAUUCCAGCUAGUGCCACACCUCAAACCUUCGAAAGACCUCAAACACUAUCAUUUGAAGGCUCUUCUGCACCUCAGGAAGGAGGUUGGGAUUACUUUUUUCCUUCAAAUAAUCAUGAAUUUUCCUUUCAAGAUGGGAAUGGUUUGAAUAAUGGAGGGUUUGAGUUUGAGAAUGCUGGUGGUGGAAGAUACUUUAAGGAAGAGGAUGGAAAUUUUGAAUAUGGAGAUAAAGAAGGGAAGGGUUCUUUACAUGGUGGGGAGGAAUCUCAAAACUCGGAGGAUGAGUUCGAUGAACCUGCUUCAGAAACUCUGGUGCGAAGUUUUGAAAAUUUUAACAGGGUACACGAUGAUGGAGCAGCAAAUGCUUCUCCUACUUUGCAUACUGUAAAAAGUAUAGCUUCAGAGCCUGAGUUAGUGAAUCAGGGGAAGAACCAUUCUCCUGGUUUGUCACCUUUACGAACCACGUCUUCAGUAGUUCCAUUUACAUCUGUUUUUGGUAAAGCAACUGCAAAGGAGGACAGUAUUGAGAAUACAGCCGUCAAGGACUUAUUUUCAAGCAUGAAGGAAAUUGAGAUUCUCUUUAUAAAAGCUUCUGAAUCUGGCAAAGAAGUUCCAAGAAUGCUGGAAGCAAAUAAGUUGCACAUACGUCCAAUUUUUCCUGGAAAAGAAAACCCACCAUUAUCAUCAACAUUAUUGAAGUCCUGCUUUUCAUGUGGAGAUGACCCGAGUGUUGUUCGUGAAGAGCCGGUUCAAACUGCAACAAAGUACUUGACUUGGCAUAGGACCACGUCAUCACGCUCCUCUUCAUCCAGGAAUCCUUUGGGAGGAAACUCAAAAGAGGAUGUUGAGGACCAGUCUAGCAACUUAUUCGAGAACUUCUGCAUGAACUCAGGCAGUCAUGCUUCAACCUUGGAUAGGCUAUAUGCAUGGGAAAAGAAGCUCUAUGAUGAAGUCAAGGCUAGUGAGAUGGUCAGGAAAGAGUAUGAUCUCAAAUGUAAAAUGCUACGGCAUUUAGAAUCAAAGGAAGUUGGUCUACCAAAAAUUGAUAAAACACGAGCUGUUAUCAAGGAUUUACAUUCCAGAAUCAGAGUGGGAGUUCAUAGAAUAGAUUCUAUAUCAAAGAAGAUUGAAGAAUUGCGAGACAAAGAGCUCCAACCACAACUCGAGGAGUUGAUUGAAGGGUUAAGUCGGAUGUGGGAAGUGAUGUUUGAUUGCCACGAGCAUCAACUACAAAUCAUCAAAGCAGCAUCCUACCAUGGCACCAUGAAAAUCUCGAUGCAGUCUGAAACAAGGAGGCACAACACCAUUUAUUUAGAAACCGAACUCGCAUCUUUAUCAUCAAGUUUUAUGAAGUGGAUCACAGCCCAGAAGUCGUAUCUGCAUUCGAUAGAUGGGUGGCUUCUCAAAUGUGUGGCUCUACCUCAAAAAGCAUCCAGGGGAAAAAGGAGAGCACAAGCUCCAUCCAUCAAAACGUAUGGACCACCCCCUAUAUACAUUACGUGUAGCGUCUGGUUGGAAAAGAUUAAUGAUUUACCUACAAAGGAGGUCGUAGAUUCGAUAAAGGACUUGGCAGUUGAAACUGCCCGUCUUUUGCCACACCAAGAGAAAAACCCAGGGAAGAGGAAGGUUGGGAAAAAUCUUUCAAUCUUAACAUCGUUCAAGGCUGGGAAUGACAGUGAGUCAAUGGGGAAUAAUUUGUUACAAGGGGAAGCAUCAGAGAGCUUGAUCUCUGGUUUUGAUCAUUUCAGACCAAGCUUGGUUAAGUUUUUUGAAAAGUUGAAUAACUUUGCAGAUUCUUCUGUGAAAAUGUAUGCAGAACUUGGGAAGACCAUUCAAGAUUUCAAGAGUAAUUAUGAACAGUGGAAAUCCCAGAGACUGGAAAAACAAACGGGCAUCUGAGUAUGAAGAAGAAAUUGAAAGGAAGGUCACAGGAUUUGUAUAUGAAAAGACAAAAUAAAGAAGGCUGUUCUCUAUGUCUUACCUACCGAAACUGAAGCAGAAAAUAAAGGAGAAGCUGAUGUAAGCAGCAGAUAUAGAUAUAUAUAUAUAUAUAUUUGAAGAUAAGAAAAUUGAUGUUGGAAGGUGUAAUUACAGAGUUUUACAUUACACGUCAAAAUAGAAUCAAUUUGCUGAGUUAUUAGGCAUUGUACAGUUCUAUUUUCUUUUCCCCAAAACAUGAAGACACCUUCAAGU